AUGUCUAAAUUUUCUCCUGACUAUUUCGUAGUUGCAGAAACUAAACUGAAUGAAUCUUUUCCAACUGCUCAAUUUAAUAUUGACGGAUAUGAAAUUAGAACCCGAAAGGACAGACACAUACAUGGAGGAGGUUUAAUUGAGUAUGCUGGGAAAGGGGUCAUUUGUAAACAGUUACACAAUAUUGGAAUUGUAGAGAAUGAAAUUAUCAGUUCUGAAAUUACUAUUAGAAAUAAAAAAUGGAUUAUAAUUAGUAUUUAUCGGCCACCUUCAUAUUUGAACUUAACACAAUUUUUCUAUGAAUUGGAAAAAAUCCUUAACAAUGCUCUUUCUAAAUAUAAAACAUGCUUUGCAGGCUCUUCAAUUGAUGUCUUAUUGACAAACAGAUAUAGGUCUUUUCAAAAUAGUUCAGCGUUUGAAACAGGAUUAAGUGACCAUCAUCUAAUGAUAAUUACAUUUUUAAAAAUGCAUCUAGCCCGUUUACAGCCAAAGAAAAUAUUCUAUAGAAACUAUAAAAAUUUCGAUGAAAAGACGUUUUUGGCUGAUGUAAAAGCUGCUGACUUUUGUUGUGACACUGCCGAUCCUGAUUUGAACUAUGAAAAUCUUCAAGUAAUUUUUAGAAAUAUAGUAGAUAAACAUGCUCCUUUGAAACAGAAAACAUUGCGUGGAAACGAUGCUCCCUUCAUGAAUAAAGAAUUAAGAAAGGCUAUAUACUCUAGGUCAAGGUUUAAAUAUAAAUAUAACAAUGAUAAAAUUGAGGAAAACAAUGCCAAUUAUAAAAGACAAAGAAACAAAUGCGUAAAAUUACGAAAUAUAGCUGUUAAGGAAUAUUUUAAAAAAAUAACCCAGGCCGGAGCAGUCGAAAAUAAAAAUUUUUUGGAAAAUGAAAAUGAAGUGGCAACAACAUUGAAUAGCCACUUCAUAAAUAUUGUUGAAAAAAGAAGUGGUGAUGAAGAAAUCAAAAAAGUAUUUAAAAAAAUAAACACUAAAGCGUCUGCAGGCGAAGAUAAGAUACCGCCAAAACUUGCAAAACUAGCUAGUGAGCACUUAAUAUUGCCCCUCAAAAAUGCCUUAAAUAGUAGCAUCCAUGCCAGUUAUUUCCCAACUAAAGCUAAGCGUGCGGUUGUUACACCAAUUGACAAGGGAAGCAAGGAAAAGAAAAACUAUAGCACCAAUCACGUAUUGAUACGCCUAUUAGAGGAUUGGAAAAAAAAACUGGAUCUGAAUUAUGUGGUUGGUUCAAUAUUAAUGGACUUAUCAAAAGCUUUUGACUGUGUCCCCCACGAUCUACUUAUAGCCAAACUUCAUGCUUACGGUUUUGAUGUAAAAUCACUUGCGUAUAUUCUAUCGUAUCUUACAAACAGAGAACAAUCCACACGAGUAAAUGCGGAGUAUAGUAUACUUGAUUUAAUUUUGUCAGUGACCUACAUAAUUACGCAGACAUUCAAACACUAUUAA